UCCUAAAUGCAGCAUUUCGAGAGAAGACGCGAGUACGAACUCUUCUUUCUCUGUUUGCGCAACGCUUCUGUUUUUGGAUCUCUUGAAAGCCCGGUGGAGAAGAAAUCGAACAAAAAUAAGAAUUCAGAGAGAGAAGGAUGGAAAGAAGGCAGAUCUACGUUGUGGCAGCUCUUUUAUUUACCUUAAUUGGCCGCAUAUCUUCUCUUUCCGUCACCGUGAACGACGUUGAAUGCGUCUACGAGUAUGUCCUCUACGAAGGCGAUACCGUUUCUGGGAACUUCGUGGUGGUUGAUCACGACAUCUUCUGGAGCUCUGAUCACCCCGGAAUUGAUCUCACCGUGACAUCCCCUUUGGAUAACGUGGUUCACACUGUGAAGGGGACAUCUGGCGACAAGUUUGAGUUUAAGGCCCCAAGAAGUGGAAUGUACAAAUUCUGUUUUCACAAUCCCUACUCAACACCAGAGACUGUCUCUUUCUAUAUUCAUGUGGGUCAUAUUCCCAAUGAGCAUGAUCUUGCGAAAGAUGAGCAUCUGAAUCCUAUUAAUGUUAAAAUUGCUGAGCUGAGAGAAGCAUUGGAGUCUGUUACGGCAGAGCAGAAGUACUUAAAAGCACGUGAUGCUCGACAUCGCCGUACGAACGAGAGUACACGAAAGCGUGUUAUAGGCUACACAGUGGGAGAGUACAUUUUACUGGCUAUUGUAAGCAUACUUCAGGUUGUAUAUAUUCGUCGCCUCUUCAGCAAAUCAGUUGCAUACAACCGAGUCUGAGCCACCUCAUUGUUUGUUAAUUCUAGACGAGUUCAGGGAAAUGUUGUAAUGCCCUUGAGAAAAGUGAUCUGCUGGUUUAUCCUGUUCAGUUUUUGCACUUCAACCAUAAUGCAAAGUUUAGAACUUUAAGAUAUAGCCCAUGUUUGAUGGGCUUUGAGCUCUUAUUUUUAUACAACUCUUGACGUUGCCUGGAAAAUGCAUGAUUGUGUUGCUGCAUUA